GCGUGUGCGGGAGGCGCAUGCGCAGUGUGGCUGUAGCUCAGGCUUCUGACAUGCCGACGGUCAGUGUGAAGCGGGAGCUGCUCUUCCAGGCGCUGGGCAGGCGCUAUACCCUUCCUUUUCCCCAAUUUCUCUGGCAGACUAGACCUCUCCAUAAAUCAUAAGCUGAUGAAGAAGUUGAUGAACUUUGCUUUGAGUUUGGUCUGGAGCUUGAUGAAAUUACAUCUGAGAAGGACAUAAUAAGCAAAGAACAAGGUGAUGGAAAGGCAGAGGGUGCAUCAGAUAUCAUUCUCUAUAAAAUCGAUGUUCCUGCUAACCGAUAUGAUCUUCUUUGUCUGGAAGGAUUGGUCCGAGGGCUUCAGGUCUUUAAAGAAAGGAUAAAGGCCCCUAGAUACAAAAGGAUUAUGCCAGCGAAUAGUGACGUUCAAAGGCUGAUUAUUACUGAAGAGACUGCCCAAGUUCGUCCUCAUGCUGUAGCUGCAGUCCUUCGUAACAUAACUUUUUCCAAGGAUCGCUAUGAUAGUUUCAUUGACCUACAAGAAAAACUACAUCAGAACAUCUGCAGGAAAAGAGCGUUAGUAGCGAUUGGUACCCAUGACCUGGACACAAUCUCUGGUCCAUUUACUUAUACAGCUAGACCUCCUUCAGAAAUUAGAUUCAAGCCCCUGAAUCAGUCCAAGGAGUAUACUGCUUCUGAAAUUAUGGAUCUAUAUAGGACUGACAGCCAACUUAAGCAUUAUUUACACAUAAUUGAAAACAAACCACUUUAUCCAGUUAUCUACGAUAGCAACGGUGUCAUUCUUUCGAUGCCACCAAUCAUCAAUGGAGACCAUACAAAAAUAAGCCUAAAUACCAGAAAUGUGUUUGUUGAAUGCACAGCCACUGAUAUUACAAAGGCAAAAAUUGUCCUCGAUAUCUUAGUCACAAUGUUUAGUGAAUAUUGUGAGAAGCAAUUCACUGUUGAAGCAGCAGAAGUAACUUACCAUAAUGGAAAAACCUGCAUCUAUCCAGAACUGGCCUACCGAAGAGAAAAAGUGAAACCUGAUUUAAUAAACAAGAAAAUUGGAAUCAGUGAAACACCAUCAAGUCUUGCAAAGCUGCUGACCAGGAUGUGUUUGAAGUCACAUGUCACAGGGAAUGGGAACAGUAUAGAAAUUGAAAUCCCUCCUACCAGAGCGGACAUUAUCCAUGCAUGUGAUAUCAUAGAAGAUGCAGCAAUAGCUUAUGGUUAUAACAACAUUCAGAUGACUAUUCCAAAAACUUACACCAUAGCCAAUCAAUUUCCUCUCAAUAAGCUCACAGAACUUCUGAGACAGGACUUGGCAGCUGCUGGAUUCACUGAAGCACUCACUUUUGCACUGUGUUCCCAAGAAGAUAUUGCUGAUAAACUUGGUGUGGACAUCUCUUCAACGAAAGCAGUACACAUAGCUAAUCCCAAAACAGCAGAAUUUCAGGUGGCACGCACCAGCCUCUUGCCUGGCCUCCUGAAGACCAUUGCUGCUAAUAGAAAGAUGCCUUUGCCUCUGAAACUUUUUGAAAUCUCUGACAUUGUUGUAAAAGAUUCCACCAAAGAUGUAGGUGCAAGGAACCAGAGGAAUCUCUGUGCCAUUUACUACAACAAGAACCCCGGGUUUGAGGUCAUCCAUGGGUUGCUGGAUAGAGUCAUGCAGCUGCUGGCUGUGCCACCAAGCAAAGAGAGUGGAUAUCUAAUCAAGGCAGCUGAAGACGCUGCUUUCUUCCCUGGCCGCUGUGCUGAGAUCCUUGCCAAAGGUCAAAGUAUUGGGAAGCUUGGAGUCCUUCACCCUGAUGUUAUCACCAAAUUUGAGCUCACCAUGCCCUGCUCUGCCCUAGAGAUCAAUAUUGAGCCCUUCUUGUGAAUACAAGACUGUUAUAUCACCUCCAAACAUCCACUUCACAUGCAACCAUGCCCUUUAGUCUCUCUCUGCAGAGAACAUCCACUUAUACUUCAAUGUUCUAAUAAACUAGAAAAACACU